CCAGUUGAUCUGUAAGAGCUCAUUUUAAAUCCCAUUAAAAUAAUUCAUAUCACCAUUCAAAAUGUGCCUUGCUGCGCUUUGUGUGUGCGCAAAGGAGAUGUCAGGUCAGUUCGGUUUCAAUAUAAGAAAGAUAAAUCAUCAUAAGCAUCUUCAUCCGUCUCUGUCUCCCUCUCGUCUCUGUUGAAAACACUGUGGGUUUGGCUUCCAUCCAUCCACACUGUGAAUGAGUGUAAUUCCGUCGUGCGCGUCAGAGGCGCUUGAGCUGCCCACCUCACCUGAACCUCGCAAUUUCCUCCAGGGCAAAACAAUGUAUAGCGUUAUUUAAAGGUGUUGUUAUUUUUUAAUUAAGUAUAUGAAUGUUUUUUUAUUUAUCUAUUUUAUUACCCUGCUCGUUAUGCAUCCUGAGGUGAUGAGCGGAUCGUUGGACACUGGCAAGACAUCGCGUAACAUGGCAAUAUGACAAAUGGAUUCCCUCAAUUUAAUCAAUGGCUCCUUUGGGAGCAAAGAUCCGGCCAUUGGUGAGGAUUCAUCUGACGUGACCCUGAACCAUGCCCUUCUAGAGCUGGGGGACAGCACCAAGCUUCUUGGUGUCCAGGUUGUCCUGAUCCUGGCGUACUGUACCAUCAUUAUUUUGGGCGUGGUGGGGAACUCCCUGGUGAUUUACGUUGUCUUCAAAUUCAAGACGCUUCGCACCGUCACCAAUUUCUUUAUCGCAAACCUUGCCGUGGCUGAUCUGCUCGUAAACACCUUGUGUCUCCCUUUUACUCUGGCUUACACUCUACUGGGAGAAUGGAAGUUCGGACAAGUUCUUUGUUUCACUCUUCCGUACGCUCAGGGUCUGGCCGUCCACGUUUCUACGGUUACUUUAAAUGUAAUUGCUCUGGAUCGGCACAGAUGCAUCAUUUACCAUCUAGAUACCCGCAUGACGAAGGACACCUGCUUUCUGGUCAUUGCUGUCACCUGGGUGAUAAGCGCCGUUCUGGCAAGCCCGCUGGCCAUCUUUAGGGAGUAUGGGAUUGUGGAGCUGUCUCCAGAUGAUUCCAUUGAAGUUUGUACGGAGAAGUGGCCCGGGAGUAGCACAGAUGGCACGAUAUACUCAAUCUCUAUGCUGUUGCUGCAGUAUGUGUUGCCUCUAGCAGUCAUCUGUUUCGCAUACAUCCGUAUCUGGAGUAAACUCCGCAGCCACGUCGGUCCAGCUGGCCGCAAUGACAGGCACCAGCACCGACGCAAGACCACCAAGAUGCUGGUGAUGAUGGUUGUGGUUUUUGCGGUUAGCUGGCUGCCUUUCCACGCCUUCCAGCUCGCCACUGACAUCGACAUCAACGUGCUGGUCAUGAAAGACUUCCGUCUACUUUACACCCUAUUCCACAUUGUAGCCAUGUGCUCCACGUUCGCCAACCCACUUCUAUACGGCUGGAUGAACCGGAACUACCGCUGCGCCUUCGUCGCCGUCUUCCGUUGCCAGGAACGGCUGGAUUCCCACCACGCCGAAACCCAGGGCAGCACAGCGGUCCGCAAAAAAAACAAAAAGGCUUUGGAAGCCCAAGAUAUGGUGACACCGCAUCUCAAUGCGACAGACGUCUGAGUUCAUUUCAUAAGUGCGAUGGGCCAACAAAUUCCAGAGUGAGCAGAUCAAUCUUCUCAUCAUCUCCACCAGUGCGUGAGCAAGAUGGAUAUGUUUAUAAUUUAUAUAUAUAUAUGUCUUCACCUUAAAAAGACUUUUGAAUCUAUAAAGAAUAUGAAAGCAGUAGCUUAUGUGGAGUUAAGGGUGGGUCGUGCACUCGAAUAGCUCUGAUAAAGUGUUAACAGCAAAUUGCGUCUCUUUUCAUGUGAAAGUAAUUUGCUCAGAGGAAUACCAGGGCUUACCUUUAGACUCCCAACGGCAGAAGAGAGAUGUUUUUACCACGGCAGUAUGAAUGUUUCAACACGAAGAGCUGCGAUGCACGCUCUGUUGAACCGCGAGAGACUGUCUGCCGGUCCAGUACUUCUCUUACACAAACAAUGAUUGUAUUUCGUAGUUAAUCUAAAAUACAGCACAAGAGUCAUCUUUGAUGUGCACUUGAUAGACGAUGGAGAAAAGAAGAAGGGCUGGAUCACCUUUUUUAUAACAUAACCCUAUACAGCUGUGCAUGAGCAAAUAUUUCAACUAUAGAUGUAAAAUGACAGCAACAUUGUACUGUGAUGGAAAAUGUGACUUCUGUACAAUGUCUGUUCUGUAUCACCUUUGCAACCACUUUGCCACUUGAAUGUAUUAUGUGAUAAAUCAAUAAUAUUUAAAAAACAAUCUACGCUAUGAAUAUUACAUAAAGCAUACAUAAUCUGCCUUACAGUGUACAAAGAUGCGGUGAAUGAUGUUAUAUCAACAUGAUGGUAAAUCAAUAUGAAAAACGUCUUAUUUUCUUAUGUGCCGUGAUGUCCCAAAAGAAAAUAAUUCAAAGCUGCUUUAAGCAAAAUAGAUGACUCAUGCAAGUUAUGAGAUUUCUGAUAUAUUUCUGUACAGUUCGGCACAAGAUGACUUUCUUAAACCUGCUAAAUGCAGGAAAUGAGAAUGCCAGCUUCAAUUAACACUGUGUGCAUCUCGCUUCAGUUUUAGUAUGUAAAUUGAGAAUUAUUCAGAAUGUAUAACGGUUAUAGAAAUCGAGCUAUGUUUGCUGUGUUUGUAUGUUGAAUGGAAUACAAAUCUUACUUUGAUGACAAUAUCCGUGGCAUGCUGUCCAUUAUCAAUUUACAUUUGUUUUUAUGGCCCUCUUCACAGUUUUCCACUGUGGCAAAGCGGCUUUACAGGAAAGACAUUUUAACGUUAAAGACAUUCAAUUCCGGCUUAUAUGGAAAUGGGCCAAAAAGAUGGAUACAUUCUAAUAAAUGUUGGGUUAUUUUCAACCCAUCGUCGGGUUGAACCCCAUGGGGUUGUAAUUCAACCUGUGCUGGGGUGGUUUCAAGAGGAAAUUAUCAAAUACAAAGCGAUGUAAAUUUAUGCAUUCAUAUUAUGGUAUUGUAAAAUAAAAAAUUAUAAUACCUACACUGUAAAAAUGCUCAUAUAAAAAUGGACAUUUCCUGGGAGCUGUAUCGUCCACAUUAUUAUUUUUGGUGAUCGACAGCAUGCCACAGAUUAACUUUAACUAUAGUUUUCAACCCAGAAAAUUCUUGUUAAAACAAGGACAAGACGAUGAUGAGUCAGAAUGUCAAACCGCCCAUCUUAUGUAAGUCUCUUUCAACUGGUGCCUCAUUACUUUAGAUGACACAGAAAGUAAACAAAAUCACAUUUCUAGUUCUUCAGGGAACUUUAAAACGUGAAAGAUUUUAUUUUAAUUAGUUCAUGUGUGAAAGUCUUACUCAAACAGCUGCUGGUGUUUAUUAACCAGCAUUUUUUAAUCAGAUUUGAGUAUGAAAACAUUUUAAUGGGUCCAAAAUUCAACACGAUCUAUUGACACAGUAUUUAUGGACAUGCAUACUCUAUUUGUGUACUCUGUUUUUGUGAAAUGUUAUAUAUAGUGUUUAAAUGAACAGCACCUGGGCAAUUCCGUGAAAAUGUCAACCUUACCACGAAAAAAUAAAGUUUUUACCAGCGGUUUUUACUAUUGUUACAGCACAGAUUUUAACAUUUGGUGGUUCAAAUACCCAUAUGAGAUCUCUCUUCAUAUUUGUAAAGCAUUUGUUUUAUUUUUAGUGCAUGAUUUUUCAUAGUCAGGUAAGUGCCAUUUUCAGGAUUGCUACAUCCAUAAACGCUGCAUAUAUGCUCAUAAAUGGACACAUGAACAUUAAUAUAAAGUAACUAUAUGAUGUUCUAUAAACAGGCAUCCCUUCUCCAUUCAUUGGGUAUUAUUGGUUCAGGAUUGUCCAUUUUAUUUUACAUAAAUCCCACAAAGUUUAUCGUCUCCCAAAAAUCUUGUCCAUUUUUGUCACAUCCAUAACGCAUGUUUAUUUCCCUUUUUAAAAAUAGUUUUUUUUGCAUAGACUGACUUUUUUAUGUUUAGACUCUUUUGACCGGGGUUUAGAAAAAUGUAAACAGAUGGUUCAAUAUAUUUGUAACAAAUUCAUUCUCUAAGCAUUUUUAUGUCACGUCCUUAACGUAAAAUGUCACGUCCAUAACACUGGAAUUGCCC